AGUGCUGUCAAUUUUGUGUCAUUCAAUAAUGUCACUGUCUGUAGAAUAUUUGUUUAUUUUGUUUUCUUUUCUUUGCUUAUUUUAUUAAUUUAAGUUAAUCAGUUGGUAAUAGUUUUUUUUUACUAUAUAAAAUGCCUUUAAAUCAAUGUAGGCUGUGUUUAGAUACUGGAGCGGUUACUAAUGUAUUCGAAAAACAAGGUGAAGUUAUGAUAUCAACCAAAAUAAUGUCUUUAGCGAAAGUAAAGAUAUAUCCAGAUGACGGUUUUCCAGACAAAGUUUGCUUUAAAUGUUUAUUACAACUGCAUAGUUGUGUACUUUUUAUACAACAGUGCGAAAAAGUUGAUUUUAAACUCAGAGAAGUAAAAAAGGAAAAUAUCUGUUUUGGUUUCAAUGAAGACUACAUAAUAACAGAUAAUAAAAAUAAUAAUUUACAAGUAGAAGAUAAAGAAAAGUUAGAAGAAGCCAUAAGUCAAAAAGUUUUGGAAGAAGAUGUAUGCAUUGAGAAUUCUACAAUGUGUGAAAGUGUAGAAAACUUACAAACAAAAGAUGAAUUAAUGCAUUUGGACAUUAAAGAUGAAAAAACAAAAAGGAAAGUUCAAAAAGAGCAAUGUUUUACUUGUGGAAAAGUUUUGUCCUCAAAAUAUAGAUUAAAAAUGCAUAUCCGUAUACAUACAGGUGAAAAGCCAUAUUCAUGCCCUGACUGCGGUAAGAGCUUUUCGCAGCCGGAAAACUUGAAGGUUCAUUUGCGCGUUCACACAGGAGAGAAACCUUUAGAGUGCACCAUAUGUGGAGUUCAGUUUGCUCAUUCCUCGGGCCUGCUGGCCCACAAACGGAAACACACAGGCCAACUGCCAUAUGUAUGCUCGCUUUGCCCCCGCAGUUUUCGGACGUUAGGGCAUCUGCAGUACCAUAUACGUCGUCACACUGGUGAGACAAGCCACGAGUGUGACGUGUGUACCCGCGCCUUCAUUACUCGCAACGAGCUCAAACAGCACAUCCUCUCCCACACUAAGGAGAAGCCCCACGUAUGCUCCAUUUGUGGCGCCUGUUUUGGACGUGCGGCCAACCUCAGGAGGCACGUGAAGCACCAGCAUAAAGGUGAUAAACCAUAUACGUGCAAUAAAUGUAUGCACAAGUUUGCCCAAAAGUCAGAUUUCGAACGCCAUAGGAAGACACAUGAGAAGCAAAAGACCUGUUUAAUGAAUUUCUAAAGGUGUGUUACACCUUCCUAUUCUUCUUGAGGGUUUUCUAUCUGGGAACAUGUACUUCAAUGCCGCACCCGCUGCUGGAAACUAUUCCAUGGGAAUCUGCCGAUUCCCGCACCAGAACAGGUGACGCACCAAGACUAUUGUGUCCUUGUGUCGCUGAAGUUAUUUUUAAUUUUUACGGUUACAAUUUUCUAUGUAUGUUAGACUGUAAGGUAAAUUAAGCACGUGUAAUGAAACUGAAUGAAAUACACCUGAAAAUAAACGAUA